GUUGAACUGUCCAGUUAAUCGACCGUCAAUAACUGAUUAUUAUAUCUGUUUGUGAUCAGUUUCCGGAGGUGAUCUCCCUGAACGUGGGGGGAACGCUCUUCACCACGCGCUUGUCCACACUGCGGCGCUAUGACGACACCAUGCUGGCCGCCAUGUUCAGCGGGCGCCACUACAUCCCGCGGGACGCCGAGGGCCGCUACUUCAUCGACCGGGACGGCGCUUACUUUGGGGACAUCCUGAACUUCCUGCGGGAAGGUGAGCUGCCGCAGCGGGACCGGGUCCGGUCCGUCCACCGGGAGGCGCAGUACUAUGCCAUCGGGCCGCUGCUGGAUCGCCUGGAAGAGACGCAGCCUCUGACCGGGGAGAAGGUCAGGCAGGCCUUCCUCGACCUGCUGCCCUACUACAGAGACAAUCUGGAGCGCAUCGUGGAGAUCGCCAAGCUGCGGGCGAUGCAGAAGAAGGCGCGCUUCGCCAAGCUGAAGGUGUGCGUCUACAAGGAGGAGAUGCCCAUCACGCCGUACGAGCGGCCGCUCUUCAACUCGCUGCGCUUCGAGCGCGCCGACGGCGACGCCAAGCUGUUCGAGCACCACUGCGACGUGGACGUGUCAUUCGGGCCGUGGGAGGCUGUGGCCGACGUCUACGACCUGCUGCACUGCAUCGUCAGCGACCUGGCGCAGCGCGGCAUCGCCGCAGAGCAGCAGUGCAUCGGCGUCUGCGACAAGCACCUCAUCAACCACUACUACUGCAAGAGGCCCAUCUACGAGUUCAAGAUCACUUGGUGGUGAUAGGCGGAGCGGACCGGAACCAGAACCGGAACCCAGAACACGGCUUUUAACUCUGUUUUCUAAUCAAACUGAAAGGAUUUUACAAUGUGACCCUUUAAAUCUGCUUCCCGUUUCCUGUGGUUUAAACGCAGCGCCUUCAUCAUGAACUCAUCAGAAACAUGAAACAUUUAAACGAGAUUAUGACAGAGUGUUGGGGCCAGACGGUGACGGUUUUUAAUAAAAUAAUUAGCAGAUUAAAACCAUAAUAAAGUCGUAAAAUGACCAGAAACGUUAUUUUUAAUCUUUGAUCUGAGGACAGCAGCAACGUUCUGCUACCAACGAUGAUCUGAUGCUGAAACGAGAUAUUUCAUAUCUGUAAAACCAAAACAACAUCUCAACAUUCCUUCUUUAAAUGUUCGUUAUUUUUGGUGAAGGAGUUAGAAAACAGCUUCAUCCUAAUAAUAAUUUGUCUUUAUUGUCAUUUUCUGGUAUUUUACGAUUUUAUUCUGGCAUCUGGCUCUAAUACUCCAUGUUUCAGACAAACCCAAACAUUUCAAUGUUUUCAGUUCAUCUCUGGAUCGGUUUCUGUUCAGUCGGGUCCAAAUUACUACAGAUGACAUGAAACCCAAACCAAGUUAACCCUAGUUAAACAUCUGGGGGUAUUGUAGAGCCUCCUGAAUGAGGCGACGGUGGGAAGAAACCAGCAGAACCAGACGGUUCUCCUUGCUGAACUCUAGGAAGUGACACCGAAACAGGAGAUUUAUCUGAUGGAAAGAGAAAACCGUGAUCCUGCAAACACCGAGCCAGGAAUCCUUUCUCUGGGGAGGAAAACUAAACUUUAAUUUAACACACAUCUGUUUCCCAUUCAGGGCCAAACUGCAGCUUGUUUUUACCCCAACAAAUCAACCAGCUAUGCAAAUACAGCAUAAUUAAACUGAUUUUUGGUGUAGACGAUGGUGGAGCCGUUGUUUUCACGUUUCGUGAAGCCACAUCGUCUUCGGUCCGUUUUUCAGCAGUUAUUUUCCGUCAGCAUCAGAUUCGCUGGUUUCCGUUUGGAGGAGUAACCAUGGAAACGUCCAGCCGUCUGAUUGGACGCCCUAACGCUCCACCAGGAAGCCCGACGCUUCCUUACUGAUCAAUGGAUGAAAUGAACCGGGAUCGAUAACGAUCCAUCGGCAGCUUUUUGUUCUGAUCACAGCUAAUAAUCGCGUUGCUGUAGUGAGUUCACUGGAAUGGUUCGAUGUUGUGACGUGACGUCAGAUGUGAUAUUUUCCUAUAGGUUUUGUGUCAGGUGAACUGUGAGAUAUAUUUUCUUUACGCGUCGCUGAAGGAGCGUUGGGAAAGGUUUAGCAAAAGUUAGCGUGUUUUUGUUUCAUCGGUCACUAAAAUAAGGAGAUUCUCUGUUUUAAGGGAUUGCAUUGCUGGAGAUUUGACACAGCGGUAAAUUUUGAAGCCACUGUAGAUGUUUGAAGUUUAUUAGAAAAUAGCGCCACCUUCAGGGAAAAUUUUUUAUAUAUAUAUUUUUUUUUAGCUUUUGUCAUUUCCAUCACUUGAGUCCUGCUGUACUUGACUAUUACUGAGCACCAUGCGAUUGUAACAGAACAGUCUUAUUUAACGUCAUCCGUUUUAAUUGAUUAUAAGAAUCAACUUAGCAGAUUUAUUCAGAUUUUAUUAAUUUGCCACAUAAUGCUGAAGCACUACAUUCUUCCCCUGAAACAUGACUGAUCUUUGUGACUUCCAGUGUUUUUAAUGUUUUAUAUAGCUGUUUAUGUUUGUUUUAGCUUCUAGGAAGCUCCAGAUCUCUAGUUGUCUUUUAUUUGUCUGUAUUUAAAAAAUGAAAACAUAAUUUUUAUGUUGUGGUACAAUAAAACUGUUAAACUGCAA